AUGGAAGGAAGGCCCUGGAGUUUUGAUCGUCAGAUUCUUGUUCUUAAAGAUUUUGACGGGGAAAUUCCUCCUUCUCAAAUGGACUUCUCUUUCUCUCCAAUUUGGAUUCAAGUGCAUGAUAUGCCUCUUCUUUGCAUGACUAAGGGAGUAGGCUCUAGGAUAGGAGAAUCCAUGGGAGUUCUAGAGGAUGUGGAUGUUGCCGGUGAUGGUGAAGGUUGGGGUAGGUGUCUUCGAAUUCGUGUGGUUAUUGACAUCACAAAGCCUCUGGAGCGUGGCCGUUCCCUGCAGUUAGAGGGGAAGCAUGUCUGGGUUAGCUUCAGGUAUGAGAAAAUCCCUUUAUUCUGCUUUAAUUGUGGGCGCAUUGUGCAUAGUUCAAAGGGCUGUCCUGUUAAGCAGUCCCUGAGAUCCAGUUCUUCAACUGCUGUUAAAGAAUGGGGUAUUUGGUUACGUGCUGAUGAUUUAAAGCGUCGUAGUGGGGAUUAUAAUAUAGUUAACACAAUUAAUGACGCUAAUUAA